AUGUCCGAGACAUCUACUAUGAAACAUCCAAGAAGGAUCAUCACACCCGCUCGGAAAGAACAGAACAGGCUCGCGCAACGGGCUUAUCGCCAGAGACGAAAAGAGCGCUUGGGAGGGGAGCAUGUCAUUAGAAAAUGCGCAGCGAAAGAGAUACACCCUGCCCCGACCGGCAGGAAUGUUAAAACGGUUCCGAAAGUGGAUGAUGCCCAUAGCCACCCUACUCAUCCCCGGAACACUGCACCAUUUACUUUGACUCUCGAUCAUUUAUUCCCGUCUUUGCAAGACCAUUGUCCGAAGCACGAUGGAGUAAAAGAAACCGAAUCUGCCACUUUUGAGCCAAACAUGGGGAAUGAAGACUAUAACAUCGACCUCCCGGCAGAUCCCCUGGCCAUCACCCUCGAAUCAACCCACACCCACCUUCUCCGAGCUUGUUUCUACAACGCCAACAGCCUUGGCAUCAGCAUUCAAGAAUUCUCGACGCUCAGAUGCAUGUCCCUCUGCUCUCCUUUCUACCGACCCCACACCACCAUGUCCGAUGAGCCCGGUGUUCUUCUGGCCGCCGUCUCAACCCCCCUCUAUCCCAGCUCAUCUUCAGCCAACCCUGCCCCAGAUUCUAUUCCCCCACCAUCCGCUACUAGAUUUGCUGCCGUUUCCUGA